CCUAAAUUACAUAAAAAGUCAAUUAUUUAAAAAGAAAUGAUCACAUUGGGUUCGAACGAAGAACUAAAAUUUUAUAUGCAGUUUGCAAAAUCAUUGGUCUGUUUUUUAAAAAAGCCAAAAGACAGAAUUUUUGCUUCUUCGUGGAUUACAAAACUACAAAAUGAAUCGUUUGCUCCUCUCAGAACAAGAAUUGAUUUUAUGAAACUCCUUUUGGUCAUUCUACAAAAAGAACGAUUGCUAGGUCCUUUUUCUAAAGAUCCAACAGACUUACAAACAUUAGAACAAUACAUAGGAGACGCAAAGUUACCAGAUAUAGUAAAAAGGAUAUUAAAAGAAGAUGUAGGUAGCUUAUCAACUUUAGAUGCAAUCCGUCCGCCUUAUCACAUCGAGUACUCUCCAGAUCUCAAACAGUACGCUUCCGUCCAAGAAAUUCCUAAUUUUGGUACUCAACUUUAUUUCGCCAUGUCCAGUGAGCCUUUGCAAUUGUGGUCUAAUAUGCCAAACAAAGCUUCGAUAAGGAUUGAUAAGAGUAAACCCAAGGCGAAAUCAGCAAUAAGAAACAUUUUCAAGACUUUAGGAAAUUUAAGCGAUCGUACAAAACCGUCUAGCAAUCUGUUUGAAUCAUCUUUUGUAAGCAGUACGUCGUGGAGAUCGCAGUCCUUGAUUGCCGAAAGUCGAAAUUUGACGGAUAAUGCCAAACGGUCUUAUAAUAAUUUAUUCGAACCGUUGGGAGAUAUCACGAGUUCUUGUAGCACCAGUACUCGGAUACCUCCUUCGUGGGGAUCUCAAUUCCUGAUUGCAGAAAGAGGCAAUUUGAGAGAUAAUAAUCCCAAACGUUCUAGCAAGCUGUUUGAAUCAUUAGAAGACCUCGAAGAUACUUGUAAUAGCAGUUCUUGGAUGCCGCCUUCGUCGGAAUCACAAUUUAUAAAUAUUGAAAGUGAUUGUUCGUGUACAGAAUGCCUAGUAUCUUCAAACAGUUCAAACUAAAUUUUCGUUUAUACAAAAUGGAUUCAUGUAAUUGUAAAAUGUAAAAGAUCUGUACAAGCGAAAGAUUGUAAUUCACAAUAAUUGAUUACUUCAGUACAUAUUUAAUCUUCUGGAAUGACUCCACAAGUCGUUGAUGGGUAAAUUGUAAUCUUUUAAGCACUGGAGAUAACUAAUAAUCGUAAAAAUCUCGAAAUGAUAGUAAUACAAACACUUUCAACUAAUACAAACGGUCCUUUUCUUGUUUUGUUGUUCC